AUGUGUUCAAACUAUUAUAGAAACUCGUGUGGUAGCUGUGGCUAUGGCUGUGGAUACGGCUCUGGAUAUGGCUGUGGAUACGGUUCUGGAUAUGGCUGUGGCUAUGGUUCUGGAUAUGGCUGUGGCUACGGUUCUAGAUAUGGCUGUGGCUACGGUUCUGGAUAUGGCUGUGGCUACGGCUCUGGAUAUGGCUGUGGCUACGGCUCUGGAUAUGGCUGUGGCUACGGUUCUGGAUAUGGCUGUGGAUAUGGCUCUGGAUAUGGCUGUGGAUGUGGCUCUGGCUGUGGUGGUGGAUAUAGCUGUGGUUACAAGCCAUUCUACAGAAGAUGCUUUUCAUCUUGCUGCUAG